AUGUGUCGCAAUAUCAGCAACAUGCUGCUCGUACUUUUCGCCGUGGUGCUUAUUCUACCGGCAUUUCAAGGCGUGGGAUUUUUGUCUGGGAGUAGACACAUGAAUUUAUUUCACUGCGGGAAUGCAGUUGGUCCGGCGGUGAAGAUAUUGUGUGAACUCAGCGGCUCUAAUACUUCUAGCCUUUCAUCAUGCAACGUGACAUGCAUUGAUCCAAAACAGACGCUGCGGAUGCCACAUGACGUU